AUGGCUAUCCAGUUCACCGACGCUGACCAGGUUGCCGUCAACACCAUCCGUACCCUUGCGGCGGAUGUUGUGGCCAAGGCCAACUCCGGUCACCCCGGUGCCCCCAUGGGCAUGGCUCCCGUCGCCCACGUCCUCUUCAGCAAGUUCCUCAACUUCAACCCCAAGGACUCGAAGUGGGCCAACCGUGAUCGCUUCGUUCUCUCCAACGGUCACGCCUGCGCGCUCCAGUACAUCAUCCUCCACCUCGCGGGCUACAAGGUCUCGAUGGACGACCUGAAGAACUUCCGUCAGAUCGACUCCAACACUCCCGGCCACCCCGAGAACCACCACACUGAUGGCAUCGAGGUCACUACCGGCCCUCUUGGUCAGGGUAUCUCGAACGCCGUUGGUCUUGCCAUCGCGCAGGCUCACAUGGGCGCCACCUUCAACAAGGACGGCUUUCCCAUCUUCACCAACAAGACUUACUGCUUCCUGGGUGACGGCUGCCUCCAGGAGGGUGUCUCGUCCGAGGCCUCGUCGCUUGCCGGUCACCUGCAGCUCGGCAACCUGAUCGCCAUCUACGAUGACAACAAGAUCACCAUCGACGGCAGCACCGACGUCUCGUUCACCGAGGACGUUGAGGCCCGCUACCGCUCGUACGGCUGGGAGGUUAUCCACGUCACGAGCGGUGACGCUGACCUCACCGCCAUUGCCGGUGCCAUUGCCGAGGCUCGUGACAACAACACUAAGCCCACCAUGAUCGUCCUCCGCACCACCAUCGGUUACGGCUCGCUCAAGGAGGGUGGCCACGACGUCCACGGUUCUCCUCUCAAGGCCGACGAUAUCAAGCAGCUCAAGGUCAAGUUCGGCUUCGACCCCGAGAAGACCUUUGUCGUCCCCGAGGAGGUCUACGACCUUUACCACAAGGCCGGCGCGGCUGGUGCCCAGAAGGAGGCCGAGUGGAAGCAGAACCUCGAUGCCUACAAGGGCAAGUACGCCACCGAGCACUCGGAGAUCAUUCGUCGCUUCGAGGGCCGCCUCCCCGAGGGCUGGGAGAAGCAUCUUCCCACCUUCAAGGCCGGUGACGCUGCAGUUGCUUCGCGUAAGCUCUCGGAAAACGUCCUCAACGCCAUCGCUCCCCACAUCCCCGAGCUCGUUGGUGGCUCGGCUGACCUUACCGGUUCCAACCUCACCCGCUGGAAGGGCGCCGUCGACUUCCAGCCUCCUUCGACUGGCCUCGGCGACUACGCGGGACGCUACUUCCGCUUCGGUGUCCGUGAGCACGGCAUGACUGCCGUCUGCAACGGUAUCGCCGCUUACGGUGGUCUCAUCCCCUUCGGCGCCACCUUCCUCAACUUCGUCUCGUACGCUGCCGGUGCCGUCCGCCUCACGGCGCUCUCGAACCUCCGCGUCCUCAACAUUGCCACCCACGACUCGAUCGGUCUCGGCGAGGACGGCCCCACUCACCAGCCGGUCGAGACCGCCGCCUGGCUCCGUGCUACCCCGAACAUGAUGUUCUGGCGCCCUGCCGACGGUAACGAGACUUCGGCUGCCUACGCCGUCGCGCUUACCUCGGCCGAGACUCCCUCGACCCUUGCGCUCUCGCGCCAGAACCUGCCCCAGCUUGAGGGCUCGACCCUCGAGAAGGCCUCGAAGGGUGGCUACGUCCUCCAGGAGGCUGAGAACGCCGACAUCACCCUCGUCUCGACCGGCUCCGAGGUGUGCAUUGUCGUCGACGCCGCCAAGCAGCUCCGCGAGCAGGGCCUCAAGGUCCGCAUCUCGUCGCUUCCCUGCUUCGAGGUCUUCAACCAGCAGUCGAAGGAGUACCGUCUUUCGGUCCUUCCCAACGGCGCUCCCAUCAUGUCGGUUGAGGCCUACUCGACCUUCGGCUGGAACGAGUACGCCCACGAGACCUUCGGCCUCAAGGGCUGGGGUGCUUCGGGCCCCUACCUCAAGGUCUAUGAGAAGUUCGACCUCACCCCCAACGGUGUCGCCUCGCGCGCCGCCAAGGUCGUCGAGUUUUACAAGAAGCGCGGCGACAAGGUCUGGUCGCCCGUCGACAAGGCGAUCGACUACGACACCAUGCUCUCCACCGCCCAUUAA